UUUUUUUUGGGUAAAUUGAUCCUUUGCUUCCUCGUUCAGUCUCAGUCUUGUAGGGUUUAUCACUUGCUUCUAAGAUUCCUUUACAUCGUCUUCGUCUUUACAGAGUAACAAAUUAAACUGUAUGCAAUUCAAAGUCACUGCUAGUAAGAAAAAGAACCGAAAUAAGCAGAAAUGGCUGCCGAGCUGGUCAAUUCUGCCACAAGUGAGAAAUUGGCUGAGAUGGACUGGGCAAAGAACAUUGAAAUUUGCGAGUUAGUUGCUCGAGAUCAAAGGCUAGCUAAAGAUGUUGUUAAAGCAAUUAAGAAACGAUUGGGGAGCAAAAACCCAAAUGCUCAAUUGUAUGCUGUAUUGCUAUUGGAGAUGUUGAUGAACAAUAUUGGUGAAAAUGUUCAUAAGCUGGUGAUUGAUACGGGCAUUCUCCCAAUUCUUGUGAAGAUAGUCAAGAAAAAGUCGGACUUGCCAGUACGAGAGAGAAUAUUUCUGCUUUUAGAUGCUACACAAACAUCUCUUGGUGGUGCUUCUGGAAAGUUCCCUCAAUACUAUUCAGCAUACUACGAUUUGGUGAGUAGUGGGGUAGAAUUUCCUCAAAGGUCUCAUACUACACCAUCAAAUCCACCUGCGUCACUGCCAACUAAACCUAAUACGCUUAUUGGAGAACUUGCAUCUGCUAGACACGAGGCAGCUGCAAAGCAAGCAGAGCCUCAGAUUGUACCUGAGUCCAGUAUUAUUCAGAAGGCUAGCAAUGCAUUAGAGGUUUUAAAGGAAGUCCUUGAUGCAGUUGACACUCAAAAUCCUGAGGGUGCAAAGGAUGAAUUUACACUUGACCUUGUGGAACAGUGUUCGUUUCAGAAGCAACGAGUGAUGCAUCUUGUGAUGAGUUCUCGGGAUGAGAAGGUGGUUUCUCGAGCAAUUGAAUUGAAUGAGCAGCUCCAGAAUGUUCUCAUCAGACAUGAUGCUCUUCUCUCCGGGAAGACCACUGUUUCAAUAAGACCAACAUCAACUCCAAAUCAUUUUGACCAUGAAGAAGUGGAAGAAGAGGAGCCAGAACAACUUUUUAGAAGGAUGCGGAAAGGGAAAGCAUGUGCAAGACCAGAAGAUGAAGAGUGCUCCAGAGAGCAGCCACACUUGGGUGGGUUUGGAUCAAACAUUCUGGGAGAAAAAGAACGGCUAAACCGUCCGCUUAUUCGACCAUUGCCAUCGGAACAAUCAUGUGAAAACAAUGCAAAUCCUUCAGCUGUUGCAAUUCCUCCCCCUCCUGCAAAACAUGUUGAGAGAGAGAGAUUCUUUAAGGAGAAAAAGGUUGAUGGCUCUGCUGUGGCUGGUCAUAUGAGAGGCUUGUCAUUACACAGUCGUAAUGCUAGCAGUUCUCGUAGCGGGAGCAUGGAUUUCAGUGACUAACCAUAUAGGUUUCUGCUUUUUCUAUGAUUUUCAUCGCUAGUGCUGUCAGGUGUCGGUUGAAAGAUUGACAGAACUUCGGGAUACUUCAUCAUGUAAAAUGUCCUUAUAAUUGGAGCCGUCUUAUUUGGUGUUCUAUGCUGCUCGUCUUCGAGGGUGGCUGGCUGUUAUUGUUACUUCGAUCGAGUUGUGGAGUCCGCGUCGUGUUCGUCGUAUACUUCCGUUUCUAGGAGUUCUUGUAAAGAGGAUUACUUUCCAAAAAAUUUAGUAAAAUACUCUUUGAUGCAUGGCAAUUGUCUUGGACCA